GUCUACAUAAUAUGACGUGAUAUGUAGAUGAUUAUUAUAUCAAAUCAGUAUGUCUCAGUAUAAAUACAAUAUCAGUAUAAUAAUGAGGCUUCCAACGUAAAAUACAUACAAUAAUCAUUUAUUCCACGUUGUAAAUCGAAUAUACGACUCUGUUAAAAUUGGUUAAUUUUUCUAUUUGUACAUUCAAAUAAAGGUAAAUGAAUUUCUAAAAUGAAUGUUGAAGAAAGUAGACUAAGAACUUUUACGGAUUGGCCAGUAAAUGCCACAGUUGAUGCUGCUCGAAUAGCAAAAGCCGGAUUUUACUACACUGGACAUGCCUUAGAAGUACAAUGCUUUUUAUGUGGAGUAAAAAUUUCUGAUUGGAAUUAUGGUGAUCAAGCUAUAGUGCGCCAUCGAUUAGCCGAACCCAAUUGUCCUUUUGUUCAAAAUCCUUCCAGUACCUGUAAUGUCCCUCUGAUACCAAUACCCAUUAAUAAUCUUGGAUUAGCAUCAUCAUCAACAGAAACAUCACAGGAUAAUAACAUAGUUGAAUGUCAAUCUAUAAACCCUUAUCAGAAUAAAGAACCUCAAAAAGAAUGUAGGGUUAUGUCACAAAGAUUACAAUCCUUUACUAAUUGGCCAAUUUCUUCUAUUGUAUCGCCUGAAAAACUUGCUAAAGCUGGAUUUUAUUAUCUUCAACAUGAUGAUGAAGUACAAUGUACAUAUUGUGGAGGUAUCCUAAGAAAGUGGAAACUUGGUGAUGAUCCAGAGAGAAAACAUAGAGAAUAUUUCCCUAAUUGUAACUUCUAUGCUCAUCAAGAUAAAGAUGGUAUUUGUAUGCUAAAAAAGCUUUUUCUUUUUCUGUACAGAAAUUAUUUUAUUUCAAUUUUUCUUUCAUUAGAUAAUUUGUAUUUAACUAAUGUAAAAUUAAUGCCUGGUGCAACAUCAAAUCUCUCAGACUUAGGAAUACAAAUACACACAACUCCUAAAAAACCAGAUUGUGCAACAUACGAAGGAAGAUUACGAACCUUUAAUGGCUGGCCAGAAAAUAUUAAGCAAACUCCUGAAAUAUUAGCUAGUGCUGGAUUUUAUUAUGAUGGGUUUGGUGACCAUGUUAGAUGUUUUCACUGUGAUGGUGGUUUACGAAAUUGGGAAGCAACAGAUGAUGCAUGGACUGAACAUGCAAGAUGGUUUCCUAAAUGCGAAUUUGUGAAUCUUGUAAGAGGGCAAGAAUUUAUCAAACAGUGCAUUAACAACAGACCACCUUUGGAUCAAUCAAUUUUUGAAGGUGUAACAGAAGAUGAAAGCACAGAUAUAGCUGAUACACCACCUACUACUGUACCUUCAUUAGAAAUUACUGAAGCAACAUUAAAAAAGUUACUAGAGAGUCCACCAGCAAUGGAAGCUUUAGAAAUUGGAUUGCAUGUGGGCAGAGUAAAGAGGGCAUUAAAAAAACGAAUGGAGGAAAUAGGAACACCAUAUACAAAUUCUGAUCAACUUAUAGAAGAUGUUCUUUGUGAUCAAAUUAUGGAAGAAUUAACAAGGGAGCAAACCAGUAGUGGUAUAGAACAGUGUAAUACCGUUAAAAAAGAUGAAUAUAGAGUAUGUUCAAUUGAAGAUGAGAAUUCUAUAAUACCCAAUGACAAAAGCAAUACUGACAAAAAGGCUAACUUUAAGGAAUCUACAGCUUUGGAAGAAGAAAACAGAAAAUUAAAAGAAGCUCGUUUAUGUAAAAUUUGCAUGGAUCGAGAAAUAGCUAUUGUAUUUUUACCUUGUGGACACUUAGCAACUUGUGUUUACUGUGCACCAUCUCUUACAUAUUGUCUAAUGUGUCGACAAGAAAUUAAAGCAACUGUCCGUACAUUUCUAUCAUAAAACAGAUAGUAAAAUAUUAAUUGAUGAAUAUAUCGUUAAAUUUAUUUAUGCAAAUUUAAUAAUUUAAAACGUAAAGAUAUACAUGUAUAAAAAUAUAUUUUUUGUAUAUUUCGUGAAAAUAAUGUAUGUAUAUCAUUGUAUUUAUAAUUUAGUCACUAAAAUAAGAGUAUAUAUCAAAAAAUAGUAAAAGAAACAAAUUAUGUACUAAUACAGUAUUUCUCAAAUAGAAAAUUGUGUUAUUACGUCUAAUGGUUUCAAUAAUUAAUAAAUUACAAUAAUUAAUUAUAAUAAAUUACAAUAAACAUUAAAUUAUAAUAUUAAAUAUUACAAUGAUAAUACAGAUAAUGUUUACGUAAAUAAAUAAAAUUUUAUAUCUUCA